GCCUUAUCAGUCAGACGCUCGUCGGCAUAUAUAAUACAACAAUCGCGCGCCGAGUGUAGCAUGUCCGGUCCCGAGCUCUUCCUGAAACAGUAGUCUUUAGUCGUCGUGGGCUUUGAAGGACAGAUCCGUACUCUGGCGUGUAAAUUACAAGACAUGAGAACUGGCGCGCUUUGGCUACUGCUGCUGCAACUGCAGCUGAGCUUCCUCUUGAGAUACAUCAGUGCCGAGAAUGACCGCUCCAGUAUCGAGGCAAGCUACGAAGGAUUUAGCGACGAGGUCGUUAGGAACGAGGUACCGGAUCUGUGCCAGAGUCCAAUCUACUGUCAAGGCGAACUACUAAAGACGAUACAAUUAGCGGCGAUCUACCCAGACAGCAAAACCUUUGUCGGACUUUAUCAGAAGCAAGACCAAAACAUCACCCUAGCCAAUUUCGAAAAGUUAAUGGAAAAGACAGAGCGAAAGCCAAGCAAGAUGGAAAUUAAACAAUUCAUUGACGACAACUUCGAUGACAAGGACGAGCUGUACAAUGCAACGCUCAAGGAUUGGCGGGCCAAUCCGAGCUUAAUGCGUCGUAUUCGUGACCCCGUGUAUCGUCAAUGGGUCAGCGACCUCAAUUAUAUCUGGAAAGCCUUGGCCAGGCACAUGACGAGCGACGUCAAGAAAUUCCCCGAUAGAUACAGUCUGAUAUACGUCGAUAAUACAUUUAUCAUUCCGGGUGGUCGAUUUAAAGAGUUUUACUACUGGGACAGUUUUUGGGUCAUCGAGGGAUUGCUGCUGUGCGACAUGCACGACACGACUCGAGGUUUAAUUGAAAAUUUCCUGUCCAUGGUCUCGACUUAUGGCUUCGUGCCAAACGGCGGCAGGAUAUAUUACCUAAUGAGGAGUCAACCGCCUCUGCUUAUACCGAUGAUGGACAAAUAUUACGAAGUGACGAAAGACUGGGACUUUGUCGACAGGAAUCUCGCGAUCCUCGAGAAGGAAUUCAGUUACUGGCAGAACUACAAAACUGUCACCGUUCAUAAAAACGGCCUUCAGUACAAAAUGGCUCGAUACGUCUGUCGGAGCGCAGGCCCCAGACCCGAGAGCUUCCGCGAGGAUUACGUUCUCGCGGAAAACAUCAGCGACCCCGUUAAGAGGCAAGCUUUUUACAACAACGUCAAGGCUGGCGCCGAGACUGGUUGGGAUUUUUCAGCUCGUUGGUUCGUCGAUGCCAAGGGUGAGCCCUCGCUGGACCUCGCUGAUAUCACGACCGAAGACAUCAUCCCGGUGGACCUCAACGCUUUCUUGGAGCAGAAUGCGCGCACGCUCGCGCGCUACAAUCGAAAAAAGAAUAAUUUCAAGAAAAUGAAGUAUUAUACUUCCGUGGCGAAGGAAUACCGCCGAGGUAUUGACGAGGUGCUGUGGAACGAAGUCGACGGCAUCUGGUACGACUGGGACAACAAGCAUCACAAGCCUAGGAGGCUCUUUUACGCGACGAAUUUGACUCCUCUUUACACGCUGAGUUACAAUCCGGCUAAAGCUUCGCUGUACGGAAAAAAAGCCACCAAUUACUUGCAAGCGAGAGGAAUUGAAAAUUUCGAAGGUGGGGUACCAGCUUCUUUAGAUAAUAGCAGUCAGCAGUGGGACUAUCCAAAUGCCUGGCCACCUCUGCAAUCAAUCAUUGUGCAAGGCCUACGCCAGACGAAUUAUUUGCCCGCCCAAGAUUUGGCCAAGGAGUUGGCCAAAACUUGGUUGCAAUCAAAUUAUCUCGGAUUUAGCCAAACCAAGAAGAUGUUUGAAAAGUACGAUGCCACUCAACCGGGUAAAUUCGGUGGAGGUGGUGAAUACGAAGUGCAAGAAGGUUUCGGAUGGACUAAUGGCGUGGUGCUUGAAUUUCUCGAUACUUAUCCUUGGAUUGCAUAUGACCUUGACUUCCUUCAUGACCGAUCCACUUAUUCAAAUUUCAAAGGCAUCCAACCAAGGAUGGGUGUUGAUAUCAAGAAACCAACGAACAUAUCUCGGCCAGUACUCAAAUCUAUUUGGACAACGUACUUUUGAGAAAUAAGAUCUAAUUUUCUGAGCGUUUAGGCAUUAUAUUUUAAUUACUAUACAUCAAAGUACAACAAGUAUGAAUUACGUUUGAAUCAUGUACACUAGUGAGAGAGCAAUUAAAAAAUGUCCGGCAAAUACGUUUGCUUCAAGCAUAUCA